AUGGCUGCUACCUCCCAGUUCACCAGUCGAUACAAAAAGGAUCUGAGCACAGAAGCGCUCAGAACGAAAGUUGCGCGCAGAAAAUCCAUGCUUCAGAAGGAGAACAGGCACAAGUUGUUUGAAAAGGGCAGGCGGUUUGGACUGGCAGAUGUCAACGUCCAGCUCUCAAAAGAGAGGGGAAGUUCUCGACUACAUGAGACAAGCGAAACGUGCUCUCAAGAGAACAGCAGUGGAAAGCAGAAACAAUGUACAAAUGCAGCCACCAAGAGGAUUAAUGAACGCAAGGAAAUGCUCCAGCGCUACAAAGAAGAAAAGGAGCUUCGAAAACAGAGGGAGCAAAGAGAGAAAGCAAAAAAGGGUGUGUUUAAAGUGGGAUUAUACAGACCAGCUGCGCCUGGAUUUCUUUCACUUGUACCUGAAGAUCCUGUGACAGUAAAGCCAAGAGAGAAGGCAGCUCCCGCGUCCUCUGGGAGGAUUACUCGAUCAAAGGCCAAGAUCCAAGAAGAAAAAGCUGUGAUACCGACUGCAUCUAAGCACUCUAUGGUCUGUGCCAACGGGCAUAGCGUGCGCCCUACGCAAGCGGGACGCAAACAGAUGAGUACGGACAAAGCAGCUGAAAAACAGAAAGUGUUGCAGACUGCAGUCCAGACAACUGCAAACGUAAGAGUCACCAGAGCAGCCUCCUCUGCAGCUAGGCAGAUGCUGAAAACAGCAACUACUGCUGCUACUACUACUGGUAACCAGUCACAGAGAAAGACAGCAAAUGUAGGAAAACAGAAGAAAGCAGUCAAACCUGACAUCAUGGAGGUAAUUCCUUCUAAACAUGAAGUCUUUCAUCUGGACCCAGUGAUGAAAGAUUCUGCAGCUGAUUCUGAACAUUCAGCAUCAGUAGAACUUCGACAGGAGCAAACCUCAGCAGAAAACAAAGCCAAUUCUGUUCCACGGAGACCCAGAACUCGCUCUUUCGCACCUCAAAACUUUGUGUUUCAGCCAUUAAGUGGAUUAGCGACCUACAAAGUUACACCCAUGACUCCUUCUAGGGCAAAUGCAUUUUUGACACCUAAUGCCUUCUGGGAUUUCGCGACGUCUCCAGUUAAUAUAAUUGAAAAAUCCAGUGAGACUAGGGCAGAAGAGCUUAAUUUUAAAAGUCAAGUUUCACCUGCUGGUGAAGGCAUUCAAGAACAGCAAACCACUACAAGUCUGAAAGGAGAAAACGCAAGUGAAUCAGAGGCGCAGACUUCCAUUCAGAGACCAAAUGAAACAAUUCCUGUCUCUGCAGAUAAAACAGUCCUUGAAGUGAAGUCAGAUGAUAUAAGAGAGCAAGAGCAUGAUGUGCCCUAUUUCAG